UUCUACAAUAUAACCUUUCACGCUGUAUGUAAUCAUGAAAAAAUUGACCUAUGGUUGAUCAUCUUUGAUAUUACUUUGUCGAUGACUUUGUGAUGGUGCCAUCUUUGAUUCUAUAUUUAUAUAAUUUAAAUUAAAAUGGAACGUUUGACUGAUAUUUUGCAGCCGCAUAUUCGGGCUAGUAUAAUUAAAUUAUCCUACGUAGACGAAUUGUUUGUAGAUCUCAAGGAUAAUCCGUAUAUCAUUCUUCACAGAAAUGUUCCUGAAUUGAAACUUUUAGACCAUAACAAUGAAGAAAGAAGUUGCGACGAAUAUUCGACGAAACAUGAUUCACCUCUCAGUGGCUCACCUCUGAAAUAUUCAUUUGAUAAUUAUGAAUUAGAGGACACUAUUGUUGUAGCAAGACAAACUUGGCGAAAACAAGAGGAGUCAUAUUUACCACUGAGUAAAAAUGAUGCAUGUAAUGCAUUGAACGCAUGUCUGGAAUGCCUUAAUAAUAAUACUUUGCCAAUAUUAGCUCUUUGUGAUGGAAAAGAUCCUAAACAAAGCAGACUUAUUGGUGCCGUUAUCCGUGAAGAUUGGUUUACCACAUUGGAAGCUGUUUCUACUGGCGUGACAACUCUGACUACAAUAAGAAAUGAACGCCAGAAAAUUAUACAGGAACAUCUUAAGCGAUCAUUUGUACAAGAACAUGAUAUUAAGAUAUCUAUGUUUAAUACCUUUGACUUGUUUGGGAUAAGAAAAGAAAUGAUUGAUUGGGAUAAGACUGCUAAAAGUGAUUUUGAAGGAAGUAUUAACAUUGAAAUACAUUCAAAUAAAUUGAUAAUAAAUCCGAGAUCUGAAAAAUCAAAAAAUAAUUUGAUCACUCAAAUAAAUGCUGGAUGGAAAAAUAGCUCUCUAAAAGAACUACGAUGCCAAUUACUUUUAUUAAUCCAAUAUUUAUCAAUAAUAGAUGAGUACAAAAAAAAUAUCGGGAUGCAAAAACCAAUAAAAUUUUCGACACCAUAUUCAAAGGAAUAUAAUGUUAUAAUGGAAGAAUUAAAUCUUUUGUUAAAUGGAGACUUUAGUUUCAAAAGAUUUGAUAAAAGCAAUGUUAAAGGAAUUGAUCAUAUAAACAAGGGUAAUAUUGAUAUUGAUGCAAAACUGUUAGAACGAAUACAAAAUGUAUUUUUGAGAGACAAUGUAGAUUUUACCGAUCGUUUGUGGGAAAUACUUAUAAAGGCUUCAGAGUAUUCACAAAUGAUAAGCUGUAUUGAAAUAAUUCUGGAGAAAGUUCUUAAACAUAAAUUUACACCACAGAUCAAUGAUACAAAUUCGACAAGACUUAUAAAACGUAUUUCUGAUCUACAUCAUCAAGAUACAACAUCCCAUUUACUAGUAGGAAGCGUACCGUUAGAACUUAUUGUAGAUAUGGGAUUUGAGAAACUUAGACGAGACUAUUUAUAUAUCUUGAGAGGAGCGCGAUUUGUUGAUUUACAGGAUGUACGACAGAAAUUAAUCGAUAUAUCUUCUGGAAUGUUCAAUACAGAAAAUUAUAGAAAAAAAUUGGUUACGUUGGCACAAAUUCAUCUUUGUUUAGAAUGCAUGCUACUUAUUGAAGGGCAUCUGGAAUGUUCAAUUGAAAGUUUGCAAGAUUUAUUUGCUUACGCUUACAAAGAAUUUGUUUCUGCACAGUCUCCUUUACAAAAUUACACUGAGCUUUGUAGCCAAAUCUUUACUUUGAUGAUGCCUCUACCCAACAAAUUAGUUAACGAGUUAAACAAGAUGAAUCCUUCUGUAUGCAGAACCUCUAUUUCAUCUCAAUCUGCUGCAUUGAUGCUAACAACUACUACCUAUUAUAGCAAAACGCCUAUUUUUCCAAUGGAUAUGUAUCCUAUUGGUAAAGCAAAUAGUUCCAAGUAUCAAUUAAAAUCUCUGAAAAUUUAUGCUGUGCAAUAUAUGAUUGAAUUCCUGUUGAUGUAGUUUAUUUAUCUAUUCUGUUUGUCUUUCUAUCUUUUCAGAUAAUGCAAAUACACAGGAGGAAAUAGUUUAUGGUAUAAGCGCAACAUCAUCAUCGACGAAGUAUAAAAAACUAUGAAACGCAAUACUCCUGCGUUAAUAUUGAAGAAACAAAAUAAAAUUUCAGAGCUGGUACAAUUUUGGAUGAAUUGAACAUAAUGUGAAAGAAGAUAAUUAAAACAUUUAAUUAAUAAUUAAUAAAAUAAAACUUAUAUAAAAGCAUUUGUCAAAUACAAUUACAUGUAUUAGAUAUAUAAAUAUAACUACAUUUAUGAGUGUUUGUACUCUCAGUCAUUGACAAUAUACACUCGAGCAUGCAAUUAGUCAUUCUCCGUGAUUGACACAAAUCUUAUUUCGAUAUCAUAUUGCAAAGUGUUUUUUCUUUCUUUUUUUUU